GCUGUAGCAGUGGUGCCUGGGGCUGGCCUGGGCAUGUAGACGGAGCCUGAGCUGGACAGAACAAGCCAGUGUGGCAGUGGCAUCGGCAGCAGGCAGCCCCUGACGCUCCUGUGAGUUGAAGAAAAGGGAUCUUUAUGCCUUCCAGAAGGAAGCUCAUUCUGCAAGGCUGAGGAAACAAAGGGAAGAAUUGUGUGUCACUCUAGUCCAGACGGCUCAAACCAACAAGGAAGAUACUGAAGAAAGAGACACCUGGGACAUCCAUCAGUGGAUUCACCAGAGGUCAUGAUGAAAAGCCAGUAGUUUGGUUCCCUGCAGCCCACUGGGGAUGGUAUGGUGCCUUUCUCACUUCUAAGGUCCCAUCUUUCCUCUGCCAUAAGGAGUCUACCAAAGGCCGCGCACAUCAGAAACACAUCCAGCAUGACUGAAGGACUCCAACCAGCUAGUGUGGUGGUCCUACCCAGAUCCCUAGCAGCAGACUUUGAGAGCUUCUGCCAGGCCAAUCAUGGUCCCCUGCCCCUGCUGGGCCGCUGUGAGCCAGAGAAGGUGCUGCCUCACCUGAGCACUGUUCCAGGCAUAAGGACCGCCUGUCCGCAGUUUCAGAAAUACGAGUUUGGUGCCUGCACAGGCAUCCUGGCCUCACUGGAAGAGUACUCAGAGCAGCUGGAAGACAUGGUGACCUUCAUCCUGGACUGCAGCUUCUCCAUAGAUGAGGCCUUGGAGCAGGCAGGGAUCCCCAGAAGAGACCCAGCAGGUCCCAGUCUUGCAGGAGCAUACAAGACAGCAGUGCCAUGUGCCGCCAUUGCUGGCUUCUGCUGCCCUCUGGUGGCCACAAUGAGACCCGUUCCCAAGGACAAGCUGGAAAGACUCUUGCAGGCCACUCACUCCCUGGGAGGACAGCAAGGACAGCCCAUCCACAUCGGCGACCCAGGACUUUUGGGAAUCAAGGCAAUUUCCAAACCCGACUAUGGGAAUUAUGUGGAGUGUCGGCCCGGGGACGUCCCAGUGUUCUGGCCUUCAAAGCUGACCAGUCUGGAAGCAGUCAGCAGCUACAAGGCUCCACUGGCUUUCACCAGCACUCCAGGCUGCACUGUGAUGAUCCUGAAGGACACUGUGUCUCCAGCCAGUUGUCUGACUCCAGAGAUGGUUCCAGAAGUCCACGCCAUAUCCAAAGACCCUUUGCAUUACAGCAUAGUGUCAACCACUGCUGUUCAAAAGAUCAGAAAGCUAGAGUCCAUAAUCGCCAUAGACCCAGGUAACCGGGGGAUCGGGCACCUGCUCCGUAAAGAUGAGCUGCUGCAGGCUGCUCUGUCACUGUCCCAUGCCCACUCAGUGCUAGUCACCACCGGAUUCCCCACGCACUUCAAUCAUGAGCCCCCAGAGGAGACAGAUGGCCCACCGGGGGCCAUUGCUUUAGCUGCCUUCCUGCAGGCUCUGGGGAAGGAGACCUCCAUGGUGGUAGACCAGAGAGCCUUGAACUUGCACACAAAGCUUGUUGAAGAUGCCAUUAAACAAGGUGUUCUGAAGACGCAGAUCCCCAUAUUAACUUACCAAGGCGGGUCAGCGGAAGAUGCUCAGGCAUUUUUGUGCAAAGAUGGGGACCCCAAGUCUCCUAGAUUUGACCAUCUGGUGGCCAUAGAGCGUGCAGGAAGGGCUGCCGAUGGCAAUUACUACAACGCGCGGAAGAUGAACAUCAAGCACUUAGUUGAUCCCAUUGAUGACAUUUUCCUUGCCGCACAAAAGAUUCCUGGAAUCUCAUCAACUGGAGUGGGUGAUGGAGGCAAUGAGCUUGGGAUGGGCAAAGUGAAGGAGGCCGUGAAGGAGUACAUAAGAAAUGGAGACGUCAUUGCCUGUGACGUGGAAGCUGACUUUGCUGUCAUUGCUGGUGUUUCUAACUGGGGAGGCUAUGCCCUGGCCUGCGCACUAUACAUCCUGAACUCCUGUGACAUCCAUGAGCGUUACCUCAGGAAGGCAAUCGGGCCUUUCAGGGUAGCUGGGGAGCAGAGCUGGACUCAGGCCCUGCCAUCUGUCACUAAGGAAGAAAAAAUGUUGGGCAUCCUGGUGCAGAACCAAGUCCGGAGUGGAGUGUCAGGCGUCGUGGGCAUGGAAGUAGAUGGGCUGCCUUUCUAUGGUGUUCACGAUGAGAUGGUCCAGAAGCUGGUGGAUGUCACCACAGGGCACAUGUGACCAGUGUGUUCUGUGCAAAGUCCCUUCCCAAUGACCAGCCUGUGUCUAGGCAGGAGGUCCAGAGGCAUUGAUAGCUCUAACCGCCCCUCAUCCUGGCUUCUUCAGGCCACCCCAGCGGUCUGCUGUGUUGUUUUUCUUUUGUAGCUGUUGCUGUCUUUUAAGCUACAGCUAUCUAUUCAGCAACUGCAGCUCUGCCGCUCCCAGCAAUGGCUAGGUGGUAAGGAUACAAGAGCAGAAGCCUGAGGGAAUUCUGUUCCUUCAGGCAUGACUCUUCCAAAAAUACUAAGGAAACGUAUUUAAAUCUGUCCCACUACCUCAAAGGUUGAGGUAGAACCCUGCUUCCCAGAGAGGCUGCAUAGCAAGCAGUUCACCUCUUCAUCUCCCAAGAAGUCCUCGUGCUUUUUCUCGCCGCCCCCCUCCUCCCUACAACUUCCUGUCAGCUAGUUGCUGAUCCAGCCUCCUGACAGCAGGUGAAUUUUAUUUAAUCAAACACACCUUUGCAUCAUUAAAUAAAUGCUCCAGAGCAUAAGCAAAAAUAACACACCUUAAAAUCAUAUUCUCCAACACUGCUCUGAGAAUCUUUCUGCCUGCUACUUAAGAAAUAAUGUGUGAACAGUUAACUGUAGAGCAGAGCAUAAGAAUAGGCUUUGCCACGACCUAGGCUAAUUAAGAAAGGCUAAAUUGCCCACACAUGGAGUGUUGGGUUAAAACCCUGAGGCUUUGCACUCACCAUAACCAGCAAAACACUUAUGCCUUUGAAAUAUGUUCUUUUUCUAAUAGUUUUCCAUUUACUGUUUGAGGGGAUCCACCACAAGUUCCCUUCAGCCAUCACACCCAGCGUCCCUCACUUCCAUUCACCCCAUUUCUUACACAUCUGUCCCAUCUGCUUACUCCUAUCACUAGCCAGAUUCUUUGCCCUCUUUGUGUGAGAAGGAAGCCAUAUUUGCCUGUAGAGCCCAAAGGUGAGCCAGACCUGCCCAGAGCUCAGGCAGAUGAGCUCAUCCUGAUUUUGGACCACCUCCAACCCCCAUUCCUCAGCAAAAUCAGAAACUGAGCCACUGACCAUACCCCUUAUACACUUGUGUAUCAGGAUAGCAAUUUGUGUGGGACCUGAACCUACUAAGUGUUGUUUCUUUAAAUGUGUCUGGUAUGGUUCUUUAAGGGACAUUCAUUGUGAAGAAGGAAGACAUGGUAUAGAUUUUACACUCCAAUAAAACAUAAGUGUAAAGAGAAAA